CAAAUUCCGACGGCGGCAUCGGGACCUUCUGGAUUGGAGGAGUCUCGCUGUAGGUCACUUCCUGACUGCUCGCCAUAGGCUCCGAGCGGGGAACCGCCAAGGGGGGCGGGGAGGUUCCUCCGGUCACAUGGUCGUGACUCGCCGGCGACAGCAUGGAGGGUGUCCCGGUGCCGGCGCGUCCCGGGGUCGGCGUGGGGGUGGUGAUUACCAGCCCCGCCCACCCCGACUGCGUCCUCCUGGGCAAGAGGAAAGGCACCGUCGGGGCCGGCACCUACCAGCUCCCCGGAGGACACCUGGAAUUCGGGGAGAGCCUGGCGCAGUGCGCGCGGCGGGAGACCCUGGAGGAGGCCGCGCUGCACCUGAAGAACGUGCGCUUCGCCUCGGCGGUGAACGCGGUCAGCGCCCCGGACCGGUACCACUACGUCACCAUCCUCAUGAAGGGGGAGGUGGACACGGAGCGCGAGCCCGAGCCCAGGAACCGCGAGCCCGAGAAAAACGAGAGUUGGGAAUGGGUUAAAUGGGAAGAAUUUCCUCCACUAGAUCAACUAUUCUGGUCUUUACGCUGUUUAAAGGAACAAGGUUACAGUCCUUUUACAGAAGACUUUAAUCAUCUCAGGAGAUACACAGGAAAUCACCACUAGAUGGCAUAGUAAAUUCAUUGUAUAGUGUGUAAAAGACAGGGAUAUCUUGUGCUCUCCCCCAGCAUUCUGUCGAUGCCAAAGUCAGAAAGAUGUUGCAGUGCUUUACAAUCUUUAACAUCUGGAGUCUCUGUCACAGUCACCAUCCUUGUAUCCCAGGAAUAGAUGGGACUCCUUUUGGAGCCAUUCAAUGUUAAACAUGUUCUCAGAGUAAAAAGAUUAAAUGUGCUAUCUUA